UCCUAGCGGUGCAGGAUGCUGGUGUCACCGGCAAGAGAGGAGCGAAUGAGAGAGAGCGGGAUCUGGCGAGCGGACAGCAGUUUAAUCUUAUAAAACACUUACAUUAAAUCUGGGAUAUCGGGACCGGAGGCCAAAAAUAGUCAGAGAGUGCAUUAUUUCAUUUCGCAUUCAUUGCGUACGUAAAUUUAUUGAACGGCGUGUAAUAAUAUCACAGACCAGCUAUGGCGUUGAAAAGAAUUCAAAAGGAGCUGACAGACUUACAGAGAGACCCUCCAGCUCAGUGUUCGGCGGGACCGGUUGGCGAUGACCUCUUUCAUUGGCAGGCAACAAUCAUGGGACCGAAUGACAGUCCAUACCAAGGUGGGGUGUUUUUCCUGACAAUUCACUUCCCCACUGACUACCCUUUCAAACCGCCAAAGGUUGCGUUCACGACGAAGAUUUAUCACCCAAACAUCAACAGCAACGGCAGCAUUUGUCUGGACAUCUUGAGGUCACAAUGGUCACCCGCCCUCACGGUCUCCAAAGUUCUAUUGUCCAUCUGUUCUUUGCUAUGUGAUCCGAACCCCGAUGACCCCCUUGUACCGGAAAUUGCACAUACUUAUAAGGCAGACAGGGAAAAGUACAACAGACUGGCAAGGGAAUGGACUCAGAAGUAUGCAAUGUGAGAACUCUUCAGGAAUUUCAGAUUGAGAAGCAAAGAAAAACACACACACACACCCACAAAAAGUUUUACACUGAGCAGAAGGGGGGAACGUUGGGGCGGGGAGGGAGAGGGGAACGAAAGUAAGCCGCAGACCCAGGAGCGAAGAAAGCCGGAGACGUCGGUGCGGGCCGGGUCCUGACUGCCGAGUCGCCGCCGCCGUGUGUCAUUUGUCGCGAACCGCGGUUCGCCCGUGCUGGAGCCAAGGGGGGCAGGGCCAUCACCCAGCGUUGCCUUGGAGACGGAGCAAACCUCAUCUCUGGGCGUACCCUGCCACCCCCCUGCAACAGGGACUGUCUUUUACUACUACUGCUACCACUUCUGCUUCAAUUACUUCCACUAAUACUACUACUGCUGUCAUCAGUGUUAUUAUUUGUAUGGUUACUGUUGGUUUUUAUUGCAUUACUAUUCUUAUAGUAAUGAAGAAUAUGCUACUGAAUGCUAAAUAUCGGAUUAUGCGUUUGGCUCUCCUCUGAUGAGGCCACUAGAAGCCCUGCUGGAUGUGAUGAAUUGCUGUACGAAGAGGGCGAUUGCAGUAUUAACUCGGCCAGAAUUCUCCACGACGUCACUCCGCCGAGGUAGAGCGGAGCGGCGACGAGACGGUCCGUGUCCGGCUGCCGGGCUUCUCGAGCUGCAGGAGCGGACGGUGACGUUCGCACGAGAGAAAGGAAAACUAACGUCGCGGCCUUCGAAGCGCUGUGGGAAGGCGGAGGGAGUAGUUCCGUAUCUGAAGGGUGCGUAUCGUCGCGAAGCGGAAGCGUACGCUCGCAUAUGCACGUUUACGAGUAGCCGCACCACGUUGGGAGGAUGGUCUUGCUUGCGCUGUGAUGGACUUGCGGUCUUUUUGUUUUUGUUUUUUUUUUUUUUUUUUUUUCUCCCCUCGUUUCUUUCUUUCCCUGACGUGAGGCACAAUCAGGGCUUGGCUUUGACCACGGACAAAGAAAAACGAAGAAGCAAGCUGCGUACCCGAGUUGAAGACACUCGUACCAUUCUCACGUUCUCCAUUUGGCCACGGAGGGAGCCGCGCUGAAGUUGGCUUCCGCGUGCCGUGUGGCGCCGUGGCUUUACACUCGGAAAGAGUUCCCCGCGUAGAGCAUAACUGGAUGUAACGCAAGAGCGAGCGGAUGAGCCGCAGAGCAGAGCAAAGCCCUGGCCUCAGGCAGCUGAGACAACUCCGAGGCUCGGAUACUCUGACCGAGGAGCUGCUGACACUUAGCUGUUCGCAAUUGCCGGCAUGAACCCCUGUUUUGGCGCAAGGUAGAAGCGAGGCGUUUUCGUGGCACGCUGGGUUGCCGGCUCACUUCAACACCACCUAAAAAGUACGGGAGCGCGGUGGUUUUCGGGACGUCCCAUUUCAGCCACCAUCGCUAAUGCGUGUUUCCAGGACGAGAGCAGAAGAGUGGACCUUCGGUGUCAGCAGCUCUCUGCGCUCUUCGAGUCCCACGUCGAGAACACAGCAGAUCUGAUAAAACUGGAAAAAAUAAAACACUAUUAAGGCUUUAAGUAAAUGGUGACUUACGAUUAAAUGUUCUUUCAAAGGGGUUUAAAAAAAAAAAAAAAAAGAAGGGUUUGAUCUCUCAUUUCUACUCUGAAGCGCAUGUCAUAGACCUGUUGGGGACGUAUAAUGCGUGUUUUGCGGGGGACGGUUUCUAACGGUUGGAGUGUUUCUUGAGCUGGAGUCGAUGGAGGCGUCCCGUGAACCGGCUGCGCUUCUCGGUAAAUUUUGUCCCUCGUAUUUUGCGUGAAAAUCACCGGGUAGUUAGUGCUGAACUCGAAGGCUUACAAAUUCCAAAAGUGUAUCCCUCUGCAAGGUUACCUCAAAUUACGACAGACGACUACAAACAGGCUGGUGUGAUAUAUCGUACGUUAACUCGUAAGCGUUAUCUGCGGAUUGUAACUACAAAUAGGCGCUUGUGAAGUAUAAUCAAAACUGACAAACCAACACGGAGCGGCCAGUACAUAUAUCUUCAUUUUAUUUAUUAUAUUGGUCUGGGGAAAAAAGUCUUUUGGAAGUCACUUCACUGGAAAAUAAUGAACACUACAACCGGACGGUUCUCUCUCAUUUUUUAAGACCCACUUCAAAAUGUGUUUAUUCGUCACGUUACGGUUUGCAGCAGUGUACUUAAGCAAUACCAGGUAGCUUUCCAUUGGUUUCCUUUAAAGGUGUUAAACUCUUGAAUGUAUCAAGAUGCUUGUUUUUUAGGAAACGUUCAAGUGCAAUGCCUAGCAGUGUUGUAUGCCUGCCCCCCACCUAUUUCAGACCGAACCCCGAUUGUAUUCAUUUCACACAAUACAGGUGCUAAUGCUCAUGCAUCAACUGCUAAGUCGCUGUCGUUUUUUGUGUCGGUCCAUUCGCCGCGAAGGUGGAUUUCGGGGUGUCUGCCCCCUAGUCGUCCGGGAAAAGAAACGAUCCCGCGGAGCGGAGCCGGGCUGUGGCGCGCGGAGCUCCACGGGCAGGCUUUCUCAAGUUGACUUCUGCUGGAUUUGACAGAUUUCCUAAAGAGAAGGACCACAGCAGUGUGCGGUAGCAGAACCAUGCUGCUCUGUGGGUGAAAACGGACUAGCGCAAGGACGGCCCAGGGCAGGAUGGCCUCCUCGCACCCGGGUAGACGUCCCCACCCUCUCUCCUUGGUCUUAUUACAUGGCGCUAGGUGCCACCAGAUUACACCUCUUAUGUGUAUAAAAAAAAAAAAAAAGGGCUGUGCCUCUAUUACCCCAGUUUUACUUCCUUUAAACAAAAACAUGUGUUCUGGUCAUUUUCAAUGAUUGAGGCCAUGUCUUAGGCACACUUGUUUUUAAAUUCUUUAUAUCCUCCCCCUCCUCCUCGGCAUGAGAAUUAAUUGGAAAACAACAGAACGAUUGUCAGCAUCCCUGUGGUGUUCCAGAAUGCUUUGAAUGUACUGUGUACUCUCGGUAUUUAUUUUAUUUUUUAUUUUUUAUUUUUAUUUUUUCUUUUUCUAAACCAGAGAGAAGAAGCAUUUGUCAUUGCGAUGAGUUGAACUACUGGAACUGAUUUAAAACAGCAGAAUACAUUCUUAAUCCUUUAUAUUUAUUAUUUUAUUUGUCUUCCAGCUGUCAUCUUGAGUACAAACAGCCUCAAUUCAUGACCUUUCCGUUCAGAGUUGGUUUUGUGUGACUAAGUGACGCUGAAGAUGAUGUCUGAGUCACUGGGAUGUAGGCCUACUAUGUGUUCUCUUCUGUUCCUUUCGCGGCAUCUUCUGCACGCUCAUGGAAAGUCACCUGUUUACAGCCAUACACAGAAUUUCAGGGAUUUUUCACUACACUUCAUAUGCCUCUCUGAUACAAUCUUAGCCUUAACGGUUUUGUUUAUCGUGUACAUAGUAUGAAAUGUCAAUCAGGGCUUUUAUCUUUUUUUUUUCCAAUUAUUUUUUUUUAAAAUCGGACAAGGAGGGCUCCACAGUUUCACGUCAGCAAAAGCUCAGACACACACACGGACACACACACACAGGUCCUGAUGAAUGAAAACCCUGCAUAUCCCCCGUUUCCAAAUUUU